CGCCUCGGCCAGCUCGCGCUGCUCUUCAGCUUGACCUUCGCGCUGCUCUGCUGCCCCUUCGCGCUCGGCGGCCCCGCCGCGGUCCACGCCGGGGGAGCCGCGGGGGCGCCGACGGCCGACCGGGGCGUGUGGCAGCUCCUCCUGGUCACCUUCGUGUCCUACGCCCUGCUGCCGGUGCGCAGCCUGCUGGCCGUCGGCUUCGGGCUCGUGGUGGCCGCCUCACACCUGCUGGUCACGGCCACUUUGGUCCCCGCCAAGCGCCCGCGCCUCUGGAGGACGCUCGGCGCCAACGCCCUGCUCUUCGUGGGUGUGAACAUGUACGGGGUCUGUGUGAGGGUCCUGGCCGAGCGCUCCCAGCGAAGGGCCUUCCUGCAGGCCCGGAACUGCAUCGAGGACCGGCUGCGGCUGGAGGACGAGAACGAGAAGCAGGAGCGGCUGCUCAUGAGCCUCCUGCCCCGGAAUGUCGCCAUGGAGAUGAAGGAGGACUUCCUGAAGCCCCCCGAGAGGAUCUUCCACAAGAUAUACAUCCAGCGGCACGACAACGUGAGCAUACUCUUCGCGGACAUCGUGGGUUUCACGGGCUUGGCGUCCCAGUGCACCGCCCAGGAGCUGGUGAAGCUGCUGAACGAACUCUUCGGCAAGUUCGACGAGCUGGCCACGGAGAACCACUGCCGGCGUAUCAAGAUCCUGGGGGACUGCUACUACUGCGUGUCCGGCCUCACCCAGCCUAAGACUGACCAUGCCCACUGCUGCGUGGAGAUGGGCCUGGACAUGAUCGACACCAUGACGUCCGUGGCCGAGGCCACCGCGGUGGCCCUGAACAUGCGUGUGGGGCUGCACACCGGCCGGGUCCUGUGCGGGGUCCUGGGCCUGCGCAAGUGGCAGUACGACGUGUGGUCCAAUGACGUGACCCUGGCCAAUGUCAUGGAGGCCGCUGGCCUGCCUGGGAAGGUUCACAUCACAAAGGCGACGCUCGCGUGCUUAAAUGGCGACUAUGAGGUGGAGCCGGGCCACGGGCACGAGAGGAACAGCUUUUUGCGAACUCAUAACAUCGAGACCUUUUUCAUUGUGCCCUCGCAUCGGCGAAAGGUGUUCCCGGGGCUGAUCCUAUCGGACAUAAAGCCGGCGAAGAGGAUGCGGUUCCGGACGGUGUGCUACCUGCUGGUGCAGCUCAUGCACUGCCGGAAGAUGUUCAAGGCGGAGAUCCCCUUCUCCAACGUCAUGACCUGCGAGGACGAUGACAAGGCUAAGAAGUGCAUCUCCGCCCACCUCAGCACGCUGGCCGAUUUUGCCAUCGAGAUGUUCGACGUCCUGGACGAGAUCAACUACCAGUCCUACAAUGAUUUCGUGCUCCGCGUGGGUAUGUGGCGCCCAGCCUUCCCGGCACGCGGGCUCCAAGGGCUGGCGACCUGGGCACACCCGCUAGGAGCGUCUCACGGAGGCUGCACCCCGCAGGCAGAGGAGGAGCGAGACGACAUGGAGAGAGUGAAGCUGGAUAACAAAAGGAUCCUCUUCAACCUCCUACCGGCCCACGUCGCCCAGCACUUCCUCAUGUCCAACCCCCGGAACAUGGACCUCUACUACCAGUCGUACUCGCAGGUGGGCGUCAUGUUUGCCUCCAUCCCCAACUUCAACGACUUCUACAUCGAGCUGGACGGCAACAACAUGGGGGUGGAGUGCCUGCGCCUCCUGAACGAGAUCAUCGCCGACUUCGACGAGCUCAUGGAGAAAGACUUUUACAAGGACCUGGAGAAGAUCAAAACCAUCGGCAGCACCUACAUGGCUGCAGUGGGGCUGGCGCCCACGGCCGGGGCCACGGUGAGUGCCGUCCGGGGAGCCCUGGGGGGAUUGGGUCCUAACGCUGCCCCAACUGCCCUGGGGCCCUGGACAGGCUCCGCUCAGGGCCUCGCUCUCCACUCUGCGCUGCAUCAGGGCAGCGGCCUGUGGGCCAUCUUGUCAGUGACCAGCACCCGUGUCAACAGGUACAUCAGCCGCCUCCUAGAAGCCCGACAGACGGAGCUGGAGAUGGCGGACUUGAACUUCUUCACCCUGAAGUACAAGCAGGCUGAGCGGGAGCGAAAGUACCACCAGCUCCAGGACGAGUACUUCACCUUCGCUGUCGUGCUCGCUCUCCUCCUGGCUGCCUUAUUCGGCCUCGUCUACCUACUGAUAAUCCCACAGAGUCCCUUUGCCGUGGGCUGCCUGCCCUGGGACUGGAGCUCCAGUCCCAACGGGUCCCUGGUGGCCCUGUCGCCCGGAGCCCAGAGCCUAGUGCUGCCUGCCCCACCCUGCGAGUCCGCGCCCCACGCCCUGCUCUGCGGCCUGGUGGGCACCCUCCCGCUCACCAUCUUCCUGCGGGUGUCCUCCUUGCCCAAAAUGAUCCUGCUGUCCGUGCUCACGGCGUCUUACAUCCUGGUCCUGGAGCUCAGCGGGUACACCAGGGCUGUGGGGGGCGGCUCUGUCUCCGGCCGCAGCUUCGAGCCAAUCGUGGCCAUCCUGCUGUUCGCAUGCACGCUGGCCCUGCACGCCCGGCAGGUGGACAUCAGACUGCGGCUGGACUACCUCUGGGCUGCACAGCCGGACCUCGUGCCCCGUAAAGAGAAGGAGGCCUUCACUCCCCUCCAGAGUGUCCUGAAAUGCUGCAUCAACGUUGGGCCUGUGGUGGCCGGGGUGAUCGGCGCUCGCCGGCCGCAGUACGACAUCUGGGGGAACACCGUCAACGUGGCCAGUCGUAUGGACAGCACCGGGGUCCCGGGCAGAAUCCAGGUGACAGAGGAGGUCCACCGGCUGCUGAGUCAGGGUGCGUACCGCUUCCUGUGCCGCGGCAAGGUCAGCGUCAAGGGCAAGGGCGAGAUGCUGACCUACUUCUUGGAAGGCAGGACUGACGGAAACGGCUCCCAAACCAGGUCCCUGAACUCGGGGCGGAAAAUGUGUCUGUAUGGGAGAGCUGGCCUCCAGACCAGACUGGCCUCAGGCCGCCCCCCGCUGCCCCCCAUGGCCAGCCUCCCGGUCGGAGCCGGGCUGGGGGCUCUGCAGGGCUCGGGACUCGCCCCCCAGCUCCCUGGCCCGCGCCUGGCCCCCGGAGCUGCUGGGAAGGAGGCUUAGUGGAGCCCAUGCUGGCCGCUGGGGGCUCAGGGCAGAAUUCUCGAGGCCUUGGUCACUGCAGCAGGACCAGCCCGACCAGCAGAGCAGGGCUGGGGAAGGGGUGCUGUCCAGGCAGGACCUGAAGCAGUUGGGCAGUGACUCGGGGAGGGGGAACCCUGUCUGCAUGGACACGAAGCUUUUCACACCACCCUGUCCUCGGUGGCUGGGCGAGCAGGCUGCCCGGGCGGCCAGGCCAGCCUCAGGUGUCGGGACCUUUAGAACCCCCGCCAGGGCUGCCUGGCUGCUCUCGCGUGGGCCCUGAGAUGGAGCCCAGUCAGCCGAGCAUGGCGGGUCCCACGUGGGCAGCUCCAGCCCUGGACAGCAGCCAGCUGGAGCCUGGAGUGGGAGUCAGGCCUCUCUCAGCAGAGCCAUGAGGGCUGGGACCGGGCCCAGAGCUGGCCAGGCCUAAGACAGUUUGGGGACAACUGAGCUGCCCCAGUCCCGCUGCGUGGACGGUGGAGGCUGCGGGCUUUUCUCCAAAGCUGCUUUUUGCUAAGAGCCAGAGGCAGGUCUUCUGGAAUUUUCGGGGCUCUGCAGCCACAGUCUGCAUUGUGACUGGCACCGGCGGUCACCCCACCUGAGGGCGUCGGCUCCUGGAAGCCCGGGACCCCUCCUCUGCUGUCCCUGGGCUGGCUGGUCUGUCAAUGCAGCUCUGACUUCCGUGUGGCAUGUUGAGCUCCUGUGCGUUGAAGGACAGUGCAAGGCUUGGUUGAUUUUGACAACAGGUGACCCUCAGCCAUGAGAAGUGCUGUGUCUGGUGGAAGCAGCCCGGGAUGUGGCGUUCUGGAGUUCGUUUACGGCCCCCGCCCGGUGCAUCUCCACCAUCGCAUGGAGGUGCAGACAGAGGACAAGCCGGGUGUGCUGCUGGGGACAGGGGUCCGGGAGGUCCAGGGGGAGGGGACAUGCACGGACACCUCAGCUCAGCACAGGGAGGAAGACAGCUGGAUCUGGUGGGCAAGUCAGCGCAGACGGCUGUCCACAGACCCGUGGCUCCGGCAGCCAGGAGGGCUCUGUGGGCUGCAGCUGAGCCCUGCUCGGCCGAAGGAACCUGGGGGUCCCAGGUGCACGUAGGAACGGGCUCGCUCUGGGCUGAGCCCUGUGGGAUGGCUGGUGCUGUCCCGGAGUCCCCACCGAGGGCGUGAGAUGUGGCGUCCUACUUGGGGAGGGCUGACCCCCCCAGCUGUGUUGCCGAUGCGGGACGUGGGACGGAGACGGGGGUGUCGGCCCUUCUGCACUGAGCUUCGUGGCGCCUCCGCUGAGGACCGGCUCUGGCCAUUGCUCUGUUGAGAAGCAGGUGGAAACCCCCUCCCCCACCCCAGACACACAGCAUGGCUCCUCCCGGGAAGCCGAGAGAGCGUGUGGCCUGCUGCCCACGGGUCCCGGCCCAGCUCGCACCAGGGCGGAGCAGGGGGGUGGGCAGUAACGGGGCGCUGAGCUGUGAGUGUGCUGUCACGUGACAAAGGGUGCUUUGCAAAGGGGUCCACGGGCGCAGCUGCAAGCUGGGGAGACGCCCCCGCUACCCGGAGGGCUCGGUGUGACCACGUGUCCCCUUACAAGUGGAGGAGGGAGACAGCGCAGUCAGGACGAUCCAAAGAUGAGGGCCUGCUGCCAGUAGCAGGUGAGGGUGUCACAGCCGCCCGCCAGCAGGAGCAGUCGUCACCCCACAACCACAGGUGCUGAACUCAGCAUCAGCCCCAGUGAGUGGAGGCAGGGGGACCCGGGUGACAGCCCUGCCGGCAACACCAGGCGUCACCUUGCAGGGCUGGGCCUCGGGUCACAGAGCUGCUGUGCGAGUCCUGGACACGCGGCCCCCCAGUGGUGGGCGUCCCCCGGUCCCCCCACCCCCACCCCUCCGGUGCCUCAGCACCAGCGUCAGCAGUUCCCAAUCCUCCUGCUUCCUGUGGCGUGGCCGUUGGCCAUGGGUCCUGGGGUUUGGUGCACAGCACUUGCUUUUUAUUUGUGGUCAGACUUGUUGUACGGCCUUAUUUUUUCCUCUCACACAAUAUUCACGCCCAGACGUUGGCGCCUUUGAGCAGGGUCCUCUAAGCGAUUGACUAGGAAGCUCUGUAAACACCGCGCCAGUCCCACCCAAAGGAGAGAAGGCGGACCGGUGGCUGGUGCACUUCAGCCCGAUGCGCCUGCUCCCCCUGCGUGCGCCCCACAGGGUGACACCCAGCCCGUGGCAGUGACCCGUGUGCCCCCGCAUGACCCCUGUGCGCCUGUGCCCGACCUCAGUAGCGUAGAACACAGCCCUGGACUUCCAGGCACCCCGACCCCGGGCCGGUCCUCUCCAUGGUGCCGGGGGCCUGCAGGGUGACGCCCCCCUUCACACAGCCACCCAGAGCCUGCUCUGUUCAUCAGGCUCGAAAGCCACCAGGGCUUCCGGACACUUGGUGUCACUAGAAGCAAUAAGUAACUUUAUCUAAACUGUAGAGACAAGUCUGGUCCAAAGCUGGCUCAGAGACGGGCCCCGGGACGAGUCUGCCUGAAUCGAUGGCGUUGCGGGGCUGACCCCAUGGCCCCCAGCCCUUCCUGCAGAUCCAGCUUGGCAGCUCACUCUGGGGGUUCACUGUUGGCACCCCAGGCUCGGGAAGCAGAGGGCCUGUCUUAGCACUUGCCAGGUUGUCCUUGGGUGAGGAAGGCGGGAGGCGGGCACCCCAGGUCUGCAUGUCCAUGACUUGUCCCCAUGUCUCAGGUCGUCCAGAGGGCAUGGCACAGCCAUGGGUCUGUCCCUCGGGCCAGGAGCCCGUCUCCCAUGGUACACAGGCUGCUGCGGGGCUCUGGGCACGGAGGGGAUCCCGUCAGCCUUCAGACACCACGUGUGGGCACCUGGUAGUCCCAGCGGCCACCUGGAGGUAGCGCUGAGCCCUGUUUUUACUGCUGCCCCAGAAGGAAGGGCUGAGCUGGCCGGUCAGCCCCGUCUUUAGGUUUUCUGCCAGGCAGUGGACCUGUCUCCAUUCCAGCGUGCACCCCCUAGUGCAUGGUGUAUCCCCGUGGUCCCAGGUCGGGUCCUUCGGUCUCUGCCCUGUGGCAGUUCCUCCCAGGACACAGGUGCUCAGCCUGUAAAGCCAGUGCUGAGUGUGCACACAGGCGCCUGCACCAGGCACCGAGCAGCCCUGGGACAGGCUGGCUGAGCUGCUGUUGGUACUUUUGGUCCUGACACCGUGCAGAGCUGUAGGCUUUCCAUGCAGCGAUGCCCUGGACCUCCCCCCGCCCCCCUGCCUUUUGUAAUGGUUUCAAUUAAAAAAAACAACAACUAAAAGAACAGAGAACAUCAGCCUUCUGAGAGGCAGUUGGUUUUAAAAUAUUGCUUUGGUGAGGCAAGCGAGGAGCAAGCCGUGCAGGUAGGAAGUUGGGGUACGCACACCCCUCAGCCCGCUGUGGAUGUUCCCGCAGCGAGCCUGAGCCUGCAGUUCCUGGUUUCCAUCUAAAACUUUGGGCCCCACAGCAAGUGACGAUGACUGAAGAUUCCUGCUACGGUCCCUGGGGCCUCAGCUGGGGUGGGUUUAGGUCAGAGGCAGGACUUGCUGGGGGCUGCGGUGUGAGGCCCAGAGGUCAGCAGGCAGGACCCGGAGCCCCACACGGCUGGUCCUGGUGUCUGUCAGGCCAUCGUGGUGACUCAGGCCUCCAGAGUGAGUUUGGGGGUCAACAAGGAGGUAGAUGUCACCCGAGGACCUCCGACACCACCGUACCUGUGCUCAUGUGACACAGGCUGUGAGGAGAGGCUGUGGCCCGGUGUCCAGGGCUGGCAAAGUGGGCAGUGGGGGGAUUUGGGUCACCGCAACCUCCAUGGGCCGGCCCUCCACCACACCCAACAAGUUGCACCUGAGUCGGGUGGGCUGGGGCCAGUGUCCCAGCCAAGAGCAUGAGUGCAGGGGGACACAGCCAGGCCUGAGGCUGAGGGGCCUGAGGACCGCCCACCUGGAGGGCAGAGUGGGCACAGAAAUGCAGGCGGGGCCUCUCCUCGACCUUGACCUCAUGCUGGGGGACAGAACGGCUCGUCCUCUUGGCUGAACCCUGUCUGUCCUUCAACAACUGAUCCUGCAGGAUGUAAAAUGUUUGACCUAGAAAGUCCCUACCGAGUCCGGUCCCACUUUCUGUCGUGACCCAUAUCCCACGGUAGAACCUGUCACCUAAGAAAACAUAGACUCCCCUUCGGCGAGGAAGGCAGCUGCCCCAUCUCUCUGUGAGGCCCCUCUGACAUCAGACAUGGGAGAACGGGGGCCCCCAAAACACAUGUGUUUCAACACUUACCCGGGCCCAACCCAGCUCCCAACUCCUGGUCAGAGCCACCCACUGUCAAUGUCAUUGUCACCCUGCUGGCCUGGUGUAGGCGGUCAGUGUCCCUUCCUGGGGAUUAGCAGACAGCUGAGAGCAGGUUCACUGGGGAUCAGGGUGGUUGGUGGGAAACUGGCUGUCCUGGCCUUCCCAGGGCCCUGAGUCCCUGGUACCGGCAGCUCAGACUUCAGGUGGGUUGGUUUCCAAAACAUUCACUUACUGAGAAUUGAGGUUUAAACGGUGAAGGUUUCCUAGAGUAACCCCCAGGAGAUCUGUCCAACCUCUUGGGCUUAUGACACGUGUAUGGGCAGUCGGCAGGACGUCCCUCGUAGCCGUGCCCAGGCCCUCACUCCCACGUGUGCACUGGGCUCUGGGCACACCGGCAGCCAGAACUUGUUACUAGCCUCCCACCAGCAACCCCCACACAGCCUCGGGCCUCGGGCUCUGGGCAUGAAGCACACGUCUUGGGACCAUCCCUUGUCCUGGGAACCCCGAGGAACCCCGCCACCUCUGCACACACGGGGAGAGCCGCACCCCCAGCAGGCGCUCUGCAGAGCUGAGCCGUGUGGCCCCUCCCUGUAAAAACUGCGACACACAAGCCAUUCACUCUCAGAGUCGCAUGCCAUGAAGUCCCUAAUUGUGUGAAACUUAGUUUGAAGUUGAAGACACGCAGCAUGCACAGCCGAGGGACAGCCCGCCUUGGGUCAUCUGCUGGCUGGCCGCAGAGCGUCCCCGGCACGGUGGGUCUUGCAGCCUGAGCCCGAGCGGUUCCUGCACACGCCCGCCCGCCCCGGUGAGUGCGCACCACCUUGCACAAGCGAGCACAGCGGAAUGUAGCCUCUUAGCAGCACAUCCCAUUCUCAUUUAGGAAAACCCACGUCCACUCGUGGAUUGUCUGUCCUCGAUGAGAAAGGUGUGGAGAGGCCGCAGCCCUCUGUGUGGGCUGGUAGGGCUGUCCCUCCACGGGGCGCAGGGGGUGGCACGCGGGACACGGCUCCCAUCAGGAGAGCCCCCCGAGCAUGCUUCUUCAGACGCGAACAGAGAUGACUAUCGGAAUGACAAUUUCACCGGUAACUUCUCAUGAUAGAUUUGUAUGAUCAAUACGGGUCUAUUUUUAUGUCAACUGGACACUGUAGAGUACCUUCCAGUCUUUUCCAAGAUUGUUAAAUUGAGACAAGUAAUUGAAUAAUUUGUCCUAUUUUUAUUUUAAAAAAGUGAAUGGGCUGAAAUGUUAAAUGUGAAUGUACAUUUCUUAAUUGCAACUUUUCUACUGAGUGUUUGCACUAUACUUUCUGGAACCUUAUUUAACAAAAGUAAAGGAAAAAAAAUUGCUUGACUAAA